AUGGCUGCUCUCAAAUUAUUCAAUAUCCUUGUCCUGGCUUCAGUUGCUCUUCUUGCACUCGAAUCUGGUCCUACGUCUGUCAAUGCCCUGGCUACAGAUCGUUCUCAUGUCGCUCGUUAUGCUCCUGCAAGCCUAAGCCAACAAAUGGUACCACCACUACGGCAAGCACUCCCACUCCCACUCCGUCUUGGUCUUCGUCAGUCUGCAGCCACUUCUCCUUACAACUCGGCAUCCUCGAGCUCAAGUUCUUCUACCUACGUUUCCCUGACCCCCACCACCCCUACCCCCACUCCAACUCCAACUCCCACCCCUGCCCCCACUAGCAGUUCAAGUGGCAAGAAGUGGGGUUUGGCCUGGCCUAACGGCGAUGCUGACUACCUAUCCACCUUCGCCGCCCGUCCCAAUGUUGGCUACCUCUACACUUGGAGCCCUUACUUGCCCACCGACCUCUACGGCCUCAAAGGUAUUCCCAUGUUGUGGGGUUAUGAUCAGGUUUCCGACUUUCAAAGCUUGGUUGUCGCUGGUUAUGCCAACUACGUUCUCGGCAUGAAUGAGCCCAACGAACCCAGCCAGUCCAACAUGAGCCCCUCGGAUGGUGUUGCGCUCUGGCAGCAAUAUAUCAACCCGUUGAAAGAUGAAGGCUACUACCUCGUCUCCCCUGCUUGCACCAAUGAUCAGACCGGUCUCGACUGGAUGGCCAGUUUCUUCCAAGAAUGCUCCGGUUGCCACGUUGAUGCCGUUGCCUUCCACUUCUACGGGACUGACGCUCAAGAUUUCAUUUCUUAUGCCACUCAGCUGUACAACACCUACAAGUUGCCCAUCUGGGUUACCGAGUUUGCUGACCAGAGCUUUAGCGGCGGUGCACAGGCCACCCAGGAUGAAGUUUAUGCUUUUGCUAGCACCGUCGCCAACUUUGUUGACAGCACUUCCUGGUUUGAAGUUGCCUUCCCCUUCGGCGUUAUGAGUGACCUUCAAGGUGUCAACACCGCCAAUUCUCUCCUUUCCAGCGAUGACACCCCCACUUCUCUUGCCUACGACUACUUUGGCUAA